UUCAACAACACCAAGUCAGCCACGGAGAUGCAGCCUCUUCAGUAGCUUGCUAGCCAACAUAGCCGAAACAUUGGAGGUCUUUAGACGCUUUCUGUGUAUAUUUGCCUCUGUGUUUUAAACAAACUUCUUUCGUUUAUAGUAGCUAGAUACCCCAUUAAAUGGCAUAUUUACGUUGUUAAUCAGGUAGCUAGCUGGCUUGCUAAGUUAGCUUAGCACCAGUCUAGUUGUUAAUGCUAACUAGCUAGCUAAAAUCCCCAACCAUGAGCUCACUAAGAUACUCCCCCCCUGCUAAAGAAGAUGAGGACUGCUGGACAGAGAAAGAAUCUCUGGAGCUGAACAUUGUCGUAAAAGAAGAAGAUGAUGAUAUUACAGUAAAAGCAGAGGAAGAAGCUUUCAGAAUGGAAGAGGAGGCUAUCAGUAUCACAUUAAAAGAAGAGGAGGAUGUUACAGUGAAAGAAGAGAAAGAACCUUUUGGAGUGAAAGAGGAAGAGGGGGUGGAGGCUGUCAUAGUGGAAGAGGAGGAGGUAGAAGCUUUCAGAAUUAAAAAGGAGAAAGAGGGGGCUAUCACAUUGAAAGAAAAAGAGGAAGAUGUUCUAGUGAAAGAAGAGAAAGAACCUUUAGGAUUGAAAGAGGACGAGGGGCUGGAGGCUGUCAUAGUGGAAGAGGAGGAGGUAGAAGCUUUCAGAAUUAGAAAGGAGAAAGAGGGGGCUAUCACAUUGAAAGAAAAAGAGGAGGGUGUUCCAGUGAAAGAAGAGAAAGAACCUUUAAGAGUGAAAGAAGAAGAGGGGGUGGAGGCUGUCAUAGUGGAAGAGGAGGAGGUAGAAGCUUUCAGAAUUAAAAAUGAGAAAGAGGGGGAUAUCACAUUGAAAGAAAAAGAAGAGGAUGUUCUAGUGAAAGAAGAGAAAGAACCUUUAAGAGUGAAAGAAGAAGAGGGGGUGGAGCCUGUCAUAGUGGAAGAGGAGGAGGUAGAAGCUUUCAGAAUUAAAAAGGAGAAAGAGGGGGCUAUCACAUUGAAAGAAAAAGAGGUGGAUGUUCUAGUGAAAGAAGAGAAAGAACAUUUAGGAGUGAAAGCAGGAGAGGGGGCUAUCUUAAGAAAAGAGGAAGAAGACGUUUUGGGAGUGAAAGACGUGGAAGGAGAGGAGACUGAAGAUCUGAUUAACACCAGAGAGAGACCAGACUCUCACUCUGACAGCGGGAAGAGUCCUUCAGGGGAACCAGACCAAGAGACACCCAAACCAGCGAGACGACGUCAAUGCUUCCAGUGCGGAAAGAGUUUUACCUGGAUAGGAAGCCUGAAAAGGCAUGAAAGAAUACACACAGCAGGGAGGAAGACCUACCACUGCUCUCAGUGUGGAAAAAGUUUUACUCAGUUAGUGAGCCUGAAAAUACACAAGAGAAUACAUACAGGAGAGAAGCCUUUCCAAUGUUCCCACUGUGGAAAGAGUUAUACCCGGAUAGGGAGCCUGAAAAGGCAUGAAGGAAUACACACAGCAGGGAGGAAGACCUACCACUGCUCUCAGUGUGGAAAGAGUUUUACUGAGUUAUGGAGCCUCAAAAAACAUGAGAGAAUACAUACAGGAGAGAAGCCUUUCCUAUGUUCCCAGUGUGGAAAGAGUUUUACCCAGAUAGGGAGCCUAAAAGUGCACGAGAGGACACACACAGGAGUACAGCCUUUCCAGUGUUCCCACUGUGAAAAGAGUUAUACCCGUUUAGGGAGCCUGAAAAUGCAUGAAGGAAUACACACAGGAGAAAUGGCCUACCACUGCUCCCAGUGUGGAAAGAGAUUUGUACGAUCACAUGACCUAAAAUCACAUGAGAGGACACACACAGGAGAAAAGCCUUACCACUGCUCUCAAUGUGGAAGGACAUUUACCAUUUUAGGGAACCUGAAAAGGCACGAAGGAAUACACACAGGAGAAAAGCCCUACCAAUGCUCCCAGUGUGGAAAGAGAUUUUUACAAUCACAGGACCUAAAAUCGCAUGGGAGGACACACACAGGAGAAAAGCCCUACCACUGCUCCCACUGUGGAAAGAGUUUUACUCAGUUAGGGAGCCUAAAAAUACAUAAGAGAAUACACUCUGGAGAGAAGACAUACCACUGCUCUCAUUGUGAAAAGACAUUUUCCCGGUCAGAGGACCUGAAAUCACAUGAGAGAAUAGAGAGGCUGUGUUCUGACUUAUGUUUUUGACUGAGAAUUUGCAUUUUUGUUUAGGCCACAUUAAAUCAUAUGGUUUAUAUGAAAUCAUAUUGUUUUUUAAUCUCUAGACAUGAUCAUGUCUAAAAUCAGAUUAAAUAUUUUAAAUGUGUAUUUUGUUUUAACCCUUCGAUGUUGUCAUUAUAUUAUUUGGAUAUUGCAAAAUGUAAAUGGUUAUAUACAGUAGAUGGAGUUUUGCAUUUAUUGAUUCUAACUUUGAAAACUAAUUUGAUUUGGAUAUUGCUAAAUGAAUUUGAUUGGAUAUAUGAAUUGGAUAUUACAAAAUGAAUUUGAUUAUAUGAUUUGGAUAUUGCAAAAUGUAAAGUAUUAAAUGGAUGAAUAAAAUGUGCAUUUCUAGAUUCUAAACUUGAAACCUCUUGAAUUUACUUGUUUUGUUUCAUUUAGUUAAUUUGUGUACUAGUCGUCAAGCUAAAGUUUUAUGAAAAUGUGUUGAGGUUGUUCUGAGAUGAUAAUUUUAUUGACAAGUUGUUGACAUGAAAAACAUUCACUACCUCAUGAAAUUUCCCAU